UGUCCCUGGUUUGAGCGCAGCGCUCCUCCAAUGGUAGGAGUCCACAUGCAGCGCAGGGAAGAGAGGCGGCAGCGAGGCGCUUUCAUAAAGCCAGGCGGACAGCGCCGAGCGGAGCCACACGCAGCUGCGCCACGGUGAGGCAGGAAGCGGCACCGGGAGCCCAGGACCCAACGCAGUCCCGAACUCAGACACACUGCCGCAGACACAGCAGCAGCAGCGGCAGCAGCAGCGGGGGACACCGGCGGAGCUCUACUCCAACCUUCACCGGACAAGGAAGAGAAGUUUGCCGGGUGGCGAGAAAUAAGCCGCCGUUCUCCACAAGAUAAUCUCCCCGGGGGGGUCGCACAGGGGAAGGGGGGGAAAGCAAGCCGACCGAAACCGAGAGUGAAUGCCCAUCUCCCGGCCGACGCACUCGUCGUUUAUCGCCCCCCGGAGCUCCGCAGCCCGCUGACGGACCGCUAGAGCCGCCAGCGGCUUCCUCACACUCCUCAUUCGGGCUCAGCGCCGCGGCGGGAGGAGCCGUCCGCCAUGGAGAACGCUCACACGAAGAGCGUGGAAGAAGUUUACGGCCAUUUCUGCGUCAACGAGAGCACGGGACUCUCCCUGGAGGAGGUGAAGCGGCAGAAGGAGAAAUGGGGCCUGAACGAGUUGCCGGCAGAGGAAGGCAAAUCGCUGUGGGAGCUCGUCCUGGAGCAGUUCGAGGACCUGCUGGUGCGAAUCCUCCUGCUGGCCGCCUGCAUCUCCUUUGUCCUGGCCUGGUUUGAGGAAGGAGAAGAGACCAUCACGGCGUUCGUGGAGCCUUUUGUGAUUCUGCUCAUCCUCAUAGCCAACGCCAUCGUCGGAGUGUGGCAGGAACGCAACGCCGAGGACGCCAUCGAGGCGCUAAAAGAGUACGAGCCAGAGAUGGGGAAGGUGUACCGGCAGGACAGAAAAACUGUGCAGAGAAUCAAGGCCAGAGACAUUGUGCCUGGUGACAUUGUGGAAGUGGCUGUUGGAGACAAAGUGCCUGCAGACAUCCGCCUCUCUUCGAUCAAGUCGACGACGCUGAGGGUGGACCAGUCCAUCCUGACAGGUGAAUCUGUGUCUGUCAUCAAGCACACCGACCCCGUCCCUGACCCCAGAGCGGUCAAUCAAGACAAGAAGAACAUGCUGUUUUCUGGCACCAACAUAGCAGCCGGGAAGGCGGUGGGCGUGGUCGUGGCCACGGGCGUCAACACGGAGAUCGGCAAGAUCCGGGACGAGAUGGUGGCCACGGAGCAGGAGAAGACGCCCCUGCAGCAGAAGCUGGACGAAUUUGGGGAGCAGCUCUCCAAAGUGAUCUCCCUCAUCUGCAUCGCCGUGUGGAUCAUCAACAUAGGCCACUUCAACGACCCCGUCCACGGCGGCUCCUGGAUCCGGGGAGCGGUCUAUUACUUUAAGAUCGCCGUGGCUCUGGCUGUCGCCGCCAUCCCCGAGGGUCUCCCUGCCGUCAUCACCACCUGCCUGGCUCUGGGCACCCGACGCAUGGCCAAGAAGAACGCCAUCGUCCGCAGCCUGCCCUCCGUGGAGACCCUGGGCUGCACCUCUGUCAUCUGCUCCGACAAGACCGGCACUUUGACCACCAACCAGAUGUCUGUCUGCAGAAUGUUCGUAGUCAACAAAGCGGAGGGCGAAAGCUGCGCUCUGUCGGAGUUCACCAUCACGGGCUCGACCUACGCACCCGAAGGAGAAGUGUUCCAGGACGGCAAACCGGUGACGUGCUCCCACUACGACGCCCUGGUGGAGCUGGCCACCAUCUGCGCCCUCUGCAAUGACUCCUCCCUGGACUUCAACGAGGUGAAGGGCGUGUACGAGAAGGUCGGCGAGGCCACGGAGACGGCGCUGACCUGUCUGGUGGAGAAGAUGAACGUCUUCGACACAGAAGUCCACGGUCUGUCCAAGAUUGACAGAGCCAACGCCUGCAACUCGGCGAUCAAGCAGCUGAUGAAGAAGGAGUGCACCCUGGAGUUCUCCAGGGACAGGAAGUCCAUGUCCGUCUACUGCACCCCCAGCAAGUCUCGUUCCAGCAUGGGCAAGAUGUUCGUGAAGGGAGCGCCGGAGGGAGUCAUCGACAGAUGCAGUCACGUCCGGGUGGGCAACGCUAAAGUCCCGCUCACACACGGCAUCAAGGAGAAGAUCAUGUCUGUCAUCCGCGAGUAUGGAACCGGUCGGGACACGCUGAGGUGUUUGGCUCUGGCCACGCGAGACAGCCCGCCUAAACUGGAGGACAUGGUCCUGUCUGAGCCCACCAAGUUCAUCGACUACGAGUCCGACCUGACCUUCGUGGGCUGCGUUGGCAUGCUGGACCCGCCCAGGCAGGAGGUGGCCGCCUCCAUCCAGCUGUGCCGGCAGGCUGGCAUCCGGGUCAUCAUGAUCACGGGCGACAACAAAGGCACCGCCGUGGCCAUCUGCCGGCGCAUCGGCAUCCUGUCUGAAGACGACGACAUAGAAAACAUGGCCUUCACCGGCCGGGAGUUUGACGAGCUGUCGCUCAGCGCCCAGCGGGAGGCCGUGACCAAGGCCCGCUGCUUUGCCCGCGUCGAGCCCUCCCACAAGUCCAAGAUCGUGGAGUUCCUGCAGGGCUUUGACGAAAUAACCGCCAUGACAGGAGACGGAGUGAACGACGCGCCGGCUCUGAAGAAGGCAGAGAUCGGCAUCGCCAUGGGCUCUGGGACCGCCGUGGCCAAGUCGGCCUCAGAGAUGGUCCUGGCAGACGACAACUUCUCCUCCAUAGUGGCGGCUGUGGAGGAGGGCAGAGCCAUCUACAACAACAUGAAGCAGUUCAUCAGAUACCUCAUCUCCUCCAACGUUGGUGAGGUUGUCUGCAUCUUCCUGACCGCGGCUCUGGGUUUCCCAGAGGCUCUGAUCCCAGUCCAGCUGCUCUGGGUCAAUCUGGUGACAGACGGCCUCCCGGCCACCGCCCUCGGCUUCAACCCCCCCGAUCUGGACAUCAUGGAGAAGCCUCCCCGCAACGCCAAGGAGCCGCUGAUCUCCGGCUGGCUCUUCUUCAGAUACCUGGCUAUUGGAGGUUACGUGGGCGCUGCCACUGUGGGGGCUGCAGCGUGGUGGUUCACGGUCUCUGAGGACGGCCCACAGCUCACUCUGUACCAGCUGAGCCACUUCCUGCAGUGCAACCCGGACAACCCCGACUUCGAAGGUUUGGACUGCCACGUGUUCGAGUCGCCGUAUCCGAUGACCAUGGCCCUCUCCGUGCUCGUCACCAUAGAGAUGUGCAAUGCUCUGAACAGCCUGUCAGAGAACCAGUCCCUGCUGCGGAUGCCUCCCUGGGAGAACGUUUGGCUGCUGGGGGCCAUCUGCCUCUCCAUGUCUCUCCACUUCCUCAUCCUCUACGUGGAGCCUCUACCCGUCAUCUUCCAGAUCACCCCUCUGGACACGACCCAGUGGAUGAUGGUGCUGAAGAUGUCCCUUCCUGUCAUCCUGCUGGACGAGCUGCUGAAGUUCGCCGCCAGGAACUACUCAGAGCUGGGUAAAGAGCAGGCGAAGCCGGCGGGCCGGAGCCGCCCCCUGUGCGCCUGCACCGAGGGCAUCUCCUGGCCCUUCGUGGCCGUCGCCCUGCCCCUGGUGCUGUGGAUCUACAGCACCGACACUAACGUGUCCGCCAUGCUGUGGCCCUGACUGACUCCAGAGCACGACCCCUCCCUCACACACCCGCGUGAAGUGGACAUUAACAACACCCACCUAACGGUUCCAUUAACUCUGAGUAACUCAUCGUAAACAUUUGCACCCGCUCUGACCCUGUCAGAUAUGUUCUAUUUACAUUUUCACUGAUGCAUCGUUUUUUGUUGUUGUUUUUUUAGGGGGGGAUAAUUAGUCAUAUUUUAAUGACUAAUAAUAAUACAUCUGUUAUUUUACUAGCAGGCUUCUCUCAUCCUUGAGCACCAUUGUGACCAGCUGGAGAAGCCUGUAAGGUUGGAGCUUUGUGUUUAGCUGUACAGAGAAUUUACACUAUUUUCUAUUGAUAUUUUGUAAUUUUAGGGAGGGGGGACAAAGGGUGUCGGUGUGUGCGAAGGGGACGCCUUUCUAAGUGCAGACAUGAGAGGAGGGCGAAGUGUUAGAAUGUAUGAAUCCCAGUUAUUUCUGAACUCUGUACACCUUCCUUAUUUCUGCAGCAGGCAGAGCGCAGCUACCUCAACGCUGUUCUUACCCACCCCGGGUUCCCGCUUGUCUGGACACCAUUUCAGAGGCUAUCACUAAAAGUGUUGAGGCACAUACCACUUGGUUUUACAGCUCACGCGCUCGCAUAUUUUAAUCUCUGUUUUUACAUUUACCUUUUUUGUUUUCUUGGUUUUUUUUUUAAUGGAAAUUAUAAGGACGAAAACGAGCUUGUUUCACAGCAACUUUUGAUACAGCCUGGUGUUAAAUAUUCAGACGCAGACAAUUUAACCACUACCCUUGGUGAGGAUGUUUAAAAAGCCUUCGAAAGGUUUAAUUUGAGUACAUUUGUUUAUGGGGGAAAUCCUAGCAUGUUAGGAAAAAAAUUAGCCCCAAACAAUCCUAGAAUAAACACAUUUAUGCUAGAUUAAUAAAUGGUAAUCAGUAAUGCCUGACUUUCUGUUUCCCUGGGGUAUAAAUAAAUGUGACGCAUAGUUUCAGCCAAUUGGCGGGAUGAUCCAUCGUUGACUUGCUGUGACAGCGAGCUGGAGGGGGGGGGACUUGUUCAGGUCAGACUAAGAUUGAACGUUUGACAAACUCUGCCAGGUGGAUUUGUCAUGAAACCAGUGACGGAGAUGUUGAAAAGUCAAGUACGGGACUGGAUCUGUGGUGCUGUGGGCCUGUUUCUCUUCCAGGGGCCUUGGGAACCUUGCCGGGGGUGUAGGACAUCAUAAACACUUUAAUUUACCAGGAGACUUCGUAUAAAAGCUGGUGGAAUCUACCAGAACACUGAAAAUGAAGCUCAAGUUUUCUAAAACUCAAUAAAUAGCCAAAGCAACACAGAAAUGGUUAAUUAGAGGAGACUAAGUUCUGUCCUGUUGGCAAAAGCAAUUUAUUUACAGCAGGGGCAUCAACAAUUGGUCCACUAGGGAUGUAAAAAGUUUUUUUAUCCCUGCUGAAUAAAUGUACUCAAAUUGAAGGAUGGGUUUAUUUUAACGGGACAUUAUUCUCCUGCCAUCAAAGAUGAAUUGACUUUAGGGUUCAUUCCACAUCUUUACCAAAGGCUCCACCAGAUCUCUCUGCGUCUGCGUGUACUUGAAAAAAAAAACCUUUUUCUUUCCCCCUGAUUAUCUCCAGCUUUCCUCUAGAGUCAGGCCGCUUUCGUUCUUAACGUUAUGCUUUAAAACACGCGAGUAUCGCGCGCACACUGUACUUGAACAUGUAAAAGAGAGAGAGAGAGAGCACCAAGAAGCUGUUGGUCUUAUAUCAGCAGAGCACAACAUGAACAGUAAAAAAAAAAAAAAAA